GCAGUCCGCCUCUUUGCAUGAGGCUUGGACGAGGGGGAGACCCAAAGCGCGCCUAACCGGUGGUACAUGCCCUAGCCAGCAGCCAUACAUACUCGACCUAACCAUUCAUCCAACUUAAGACAAAGGGCAUGCAGUCUGUCCUAGAGUCUAGAUAGAUAGCAGCCUGUCUCGAUUCCUCUUCUACUUUCUUGUUUCCCAACUAUAGGUGGAAAGCCUCCGAUUAGAGGAAAAGCUAUAACCUGCACGUCAUACACCAUGGCCAACCCAAGAGCACAUGCACAGUUCGAUCGUGCAAAAUGGCGACUCUUCAUUCUAGCCCCAGCUUGGUCGUUGCAGCUGACUCUAGCGCUUGGAAUGCUGGGUCUAUUUUCUUGGAGGCUUGGAGACACUGUCCAUCAUUUCGAUGAGAGGCACAAGGCUGGCAAAGCUCCGGUCAUCGAAUAUGUCUGGGAAGCAACCAACAUCGCAAUGUCAUCCGUCGUGGCGCUCUGCACAAUCUUCGAAAUCGCCAGAUACUUCUCCGAGUCGUUGACCCCAUGGACUAUGCUGUUCACCCACGUCGUCAAGCUGGCCUGCGCAUCUGCCAUUCUCGCCUUGGACGUCGUCAUAUAUGUGCAGCGAGACGACUCCCAUUAUUCUCUCAUCGGUCUCGGCAUGGAUGGUUUGUUGAUGGUCACUGCUGUUUCGCUCGCCAUUUAUGCUAUCCUUGCGUACCGUCGACUGUCUAAAUACGACGAAUACUCCAGCCCUGUUGAUGCCAAGUCGUACCUCUUCAACGAUGGGUUGGACAUCGACACUUCAUACUCGAAUGUUUCAUAUUCGAGCCGACCAGGAGAGCGAGGUUCAGUGGACAAACGAGAAUCGUUGGGAUCAACACGCCUCAGUGUCGGAUCCGUCACGAACCCAACCAUCCUUGAGCCCGUUGAACAGCGACCAAGACGUUACAGCCACGAGAGGGAUACGCAGUUCGACGAGUAUGUCAGUCGCAGAACCUCUGGUGGCUACAAAACCAGUUCAGGCCCGUCCAGCCCUCCUAUAGUGAUUACAUUGGACGAUUCAUUGGCCUCCCUGGGCACUGUUCAUUCCCGAUCAAGAGGGUCAAGUGUGUCACAACUCACCACCAGCGACCAUGUCUUGGUCUCAGUGCCGGAAGAAGAGGGUGAGAUAUCAUCACCAAGGAAUCACAAGCCGGAUCAACAAGUGGGACUCGCGAGGUGAUCAUCGUGGGGCCGGCUCAGGUCACAGGACUGAGAGAGCAGCGAGCUUUAUGACAGAAACAAGCAAAACACACCGCUUGGAUUGAGAAAGACGAUAGAGAUAGAAGAUACCCAAGUCAAGAGCCAAGGAGCAUUUUG